CCUAUGAAGCUCGGCGCAAUUGAAGAACAAGCAGAGUCCUGGUUGCAUCUAGUGGGUGACAGACCUUCUAAUCAAAAAAUGAAGCAAGCUGUGUGCUUUCUGGUUCUUACGCUUGCAAUUACAGCCACAUAUGGAAGCCCUCGACUCCCGAUAAAUGAAGACGACCAUGAUGACGCAACGGCUCCCUACUGGAAGGGGAAACUCGGCUGGAUCCUGGAGCAUAUUGGGAAAUUUCUCCAAUAUACCGCACAGUCGUCGUCAGCCUACUAUUCCGCCGAAGAUGCAGCUACACAGCCUCAAGAUGUCAACGUCGAGCACAUUAGAAAAGUUGCAGAGAUGCUCAACAAGGCAGCGGACACCAUCCAAAAGGGAGAGAAGGUUAACCUCUUUCAUUAGGGUCUGUGGUGCUUUAAUUGAAGUAACGUAAAUACUUGGGUGGUGAAGCUGUGUCACGCGACACCGUUGAGUGGACAUGCGUGUAUUUGUGUUAUAGCCUGGAGACAUGUGAUCAAACUAGGCGUUAGAAUUUAAAAAAAAUGAAUAACACGAGUUUUGGUUGCAGUUUGACCGAACAAUUCGACAAUAAAACAUUUUCAAAUCACUGG